AUGAGUAAGUCUCGUAGAUCUACCACAUUUAUUCCUAAUCCUAGAGACCCAGACCAACCUAUUCCAGAGAGUCAACUAAGUUUUGAGGAAAACAUUCCGGAGUGUUCUUCUUCAAAUGGUGGGUCUACUUAUUUAAGUAGACAAAUAACACCAAGAAUUGAAAAAGAAAAUACAGAAAUACAGAUUAUUGGUACGUGUCCAUAUUAUGUAGAAACUCAAGGAGCACAUGACGUGUUUGUUGCUGGUAAUAGAAUUUUUUAUCUUUGUGAUGACCAUGUUUAUUAUUCAUCACCAGACAACCCCAACCCAUCUCCAACUUUUGGAAUAAGUAGAAGUUCAAAUUAUAUUUGUCAAGGUCCAGAUUCAUUUUAUUUUAUUCAUAAAGGUAAAAUUGGGAAAGGUAAAGAUAAGAAAUAUUCUAAUGUAGAAGGAGUUGUUGCUCCACAAGAAAUAACUGGAAAUGAUAAAGAGGUUUUUAUUCUUGAUAGAUUUGGUGAGUGUUAUCAUUUAACAAAAGGACAAAAGAAAAGAUUUGGUUAUUCUGAAAAGAUUGUGCGUAUUUUAGCUCACAACGAAUUAAAAGGAACAUUAUUAGAAAAUGGAAGAAUAGAUUCUAACCCAAAAUUUGCAUCAAAAUCAUUAUUUAUUGAUAUAGCAGGAACCAAACAACUAUGGGGACUAAAGUCAAAUGGAGAGAUAGAAAAUAGUGAUGGUGUGGUUGUUCCACAUAAAAUGUUAAGAAUAUAUUCUGGAUUUUAUGAUAUUUAUGGUGAAGAUGAAGAGUUUAAAGUUUGUGUGUUAAAGAAAGAUGGAGAAGGAGAAAAAAUUAAGUACUAUUGGGAUAUUCUUGGGUCUUGUGAAGGAAGAAAUAUGACUGCAGGUAAUGGAUUUAUCUUGUUAGGAAGACAACCUGAAUCAAGUAAAUUUGGUUCAGUAAUCAUUAAAACAAGAAGGUUUGUCAAUCAAAUUGAAGCAUUAAAUGAGUAUUAUUAUAAUCCUAUUACAGCUACAGAAACUCUUGGAGAGAAGUCUAAGUCAAGUCGUAGAUCAAUAAAACGAACCGGAUCUUGUGCAGACCUUCAACCAUCAUUAAGUCUUUCAUUAGAACCUAUUAUUAAAGAACUAAAAAAUUUAAUUCCUAAAUUAAAUUCACUUAACGCAGUUCUUACAAGACAUUAUUCUUGUUUUUAUAGAUCUGAUACUUAUGGAGAAAAACUUUAUAGAUUUUUUGAUGACACAGCCCUAAAUUUCAUUGCACUUGCACAACACUUUGCUGCAUUUCAUGAGAAAGCACCACAAUGGUAUACUUCAUUAAUAAAUCCAUGGAAACAAUAUGAAGAAAAAAUCCCAUUAGAAAUAAAUAAAAAAGUAUUUGAACGUAGAAGCGAUAUUCUUUCUGUAGUUUUUUCACCACUCAGAUAUGUUUCUGAAGUUACUGCUCUUUUGAAAAAUAUAAAAGUAGGAUUAAAUAAAGCUACGGAAGAAUACAUGUGGAAUAAGAAAUUAACUGAAUAUUUAGAAAAUCUGUUAGAUAGAAUGAAUGAGGAAACAAAGAUAGGUGAACCAUUAACAUGGUCCUCAUGGUUUUCAAAUGAAAAAGGUAGAAUUGUAAUGAAUUCUGGGACUAUUGAAGAAUUUACAAAUUUACUUCAAACAGAAAUACCGUUUGAUCCAGAAAUGCGAGACGUAUUUGUUAACACCAUCACAUUAUUUGAACCUAUUGAUAGUGUUAUACAAAAAUUAAUUCCUAGAAAACCAAAUGAUUCUAUAUCGAAACAAGCAACAAAAAAUAUUUUAAUUACUCUCCAAAAAUGGUUGAUGGAAGAUCCAUUUCAAUUUACUAGAGUUGAAGGUACCCUUAGUCGUCUUCAAUCUUUCUUAAAGAUUGGAAAAAAAGAUGCUAAUGAGUCAUUGAAAAAAGAAGUAACAAUUAUGUUAGAAAAUGCUCGUAAAAUAAAAAAUUCACCAAUUUAUGAACCAGUAACACAAAUGUUUACAUUCUCAUCAAGAGACUUUUGUAAAGGAUUUAAUGACCAUAUUUAUUUCAGUGAUAUGAUGACUUAUGUUCAUACUGUUCUUUUUUCAAGAAUUACUGAAGCAGAGAUUGUUCAAUUCUUUACUAAAAAACCUACUACAACUCCAAAUAUUAAAUUUAUGACAACAUCUUUCAAUUGGCUUUCAGAAACACUUUCUUCAAUGAUCAAAGAUUGUUCAAUGAGUUUUCAAUCUGCUUUCUUCAAUUUUAUUAUGAAAACAGCUGAACGUUUUUAUGAGCAAAGAAAUUUCUUUGGGUUAUGUGCUAUUAUAUUUGCUCUUCAUAAAAUCCAAGACUUCGAUUAUCUAAAAAGUAAUCUUUCUAAAGAAACACAAGCUUCUAUUGAAAAAUUUGAUGUUCUUUGUUCUUUUAAUGAUAAUUAUAAAGCUCUAAGAACAGAAAUUUCUAAAUCUCAAACUCCAUUAAUUCCAUUUAUUGGUAUUUUAACAAAGGACCUUCUUGUCGGUGAUGAGAUGUAUGCUUCCUUUAUUGCUAAGUCAGGUCAUUUUAAUUUCAACAAAUUACGGGCUAUCCAUCAUAUUGCACAACAAUAUCUUCACUAUCAAAAUCAAAACCCAUCUAUUCCAACAAAUGUUCCUGCUGAACUCUUUGAUAAGAUCAAACUGAUUCAUGGUAUUAAUAAUUGA